AUGAACUCAUCUGAAUUCAGUGAUGAUGAAGAAGAAGUAAUAAAAAAUAAUCCUGUGAAAGUGGAGACAGAAGCUGGGGAUGCUGUGCUGGACUGUUCUGUGACUUCUAGGGCUUCAGAGAAGCCCCCAUUGGAUGGCUCUUUUACUUCCCUUCAGGACUCCAGCAAGCGGAAGCCAACUGGGAAUGAUGGCCAUGGGGGCCAACAAGACAUUUUACCUAGUGUGAAAAAGAGACGUCUGAUCCCUGAGGCGCUUCUGGCUGGCAUGAAGAACAGAGACACCAACUCUCCCAACCACGGGAACGGAGAGCAGGCCGGCAAAAGCAAGAGCUCCGGCCUCGGGUGGCUGUGUGACGAGGAGCCCCUGAACGACAUAAGCACCUCUUCCUACAAAAAGCCGCUUUAUGGCAUCUCCCACAAGAUCACUGAGAAGAAGAACCCUCCUGGAGGAGACCAGUUCACCAACUAUGAGCUCUAUGAGAAAGUCACCUCCAGCAACAGCCCGUCACCGCUCCGAUUUCUGAACGAACAGAGGAAGAGAGACUCGAGCAACGCCACACCAGCAGCUGUAGCCACCGGGGCUGAGGGUGACCCCAACAUCUACUCUUUGAUUCAGAAGAUGUUUUACACGCUCAACACGCUGAAUUCCAACAUGUCCCAGCUGCACAGCAAGGUGGACCUGCUGUCCCUGGAGGUGAGCCGCAUCAAGAAGCAGGUGAGCCCCACUGAGUCCGUGGCAGAGUUCCAGCCGCCCCCCGAGUACCAGCUUACUGCCGCUGAGCUCAAGCAGAUCGUGGACCAGAGCUCGUCAGGGGGCGACCUGGCCUGCCGCCUGCUGGUUCAGCUCUUCCCGGAGCUCUUCAGCGACGGCGAGUUCAAUCGCAGCUGCACCACCUGCGGCUUCGUGAACAAGAAGAAGCUCGAGUCGCUCCACCUCCAGCUUAUCCGGAACUACGUGGAAGUGUGCUACCCGUCGGUGAAGAACACUGCUGUGUGGCAAGUGGAGUGCCUGCCCCAGGUCAAUGACUUCUUCAACCGCUUCUGGGCGCAGCGGGAGAUGGAGAGUGGUCAGCCCGGAGGCCAACCGGCUGCCUUCUAUGAGGCGGAGCAGGUGGAGCCCGCCCACUUCCUGGAGGACAAAGAGCAGGAAGAAGCCCUGUCCCUGGACCGGAGCAGCGCCAUUGCUGCUGACCACGUGCUCGACGCCCAGGACCUCAACGAGUUCUUGGAUGAGGCCUCGUCCCCAGGCGAGUUCUCCGUCUUCCUCCUGCACCGGCUCUUCCCCGAGCUCUUCGACCAUCGCAAGCUGGCGGAACGCUACAGCUGCUAUGGCGACGGCGGCAAGCAGGAGUUAGACCCGCAGCGGCUGCAGAUCAUCCGCCGCUACACCGAGAUCUAUUUUCCCGACGUCCAGGAGGAGGAAGCGUGGCAGCAGCAGUGCGCCCAGAGGAUCAACGACGAGCUGGAGGGCCUCUGCCUGGACGGCAGCGAGUGCGAGCCGCUCAGAGAUGACUGCUACGACUCCUCUAGCCUUCCCGACGACGUGUCCAUCAUCAAGGUGGAGGACAGUUUCGAGUAUGAGCGGCCAGGCCGGAGGUCCAAGAAAAUCUGGCUGGUUCCCAUUGACUUUGAUAAACUGGACAUCCCCCCUCCCGACUUCGAAGUGCCCAUGUCCGACUAUCUGCUCAACAAGGAGCAGAUCCGGAGCAUCUACGAGAGCAGCCUGUCCAUAGGCAACUUUGCCUCCCGCCUCCUGGUUCACUUGUUCCCUGAACUCUUCACCCACGAGAACCUGAGGAAGCAGUACAAUUGCAGCGGCUCUCUGGGGAAGAAACAGCUCGACCCGUCCCGCAUCAAGCUCAUCCGGCACUACGUGCAGCUCCUGUACCCCCGGGCCAAGAACGACCGCGUGUGGACGCUGGAGUUUGUGGGCAAGCUGGACGAGAGGUGCCGGCGCAGGGACACGGAGCAGCGGCGCACCUACCAGCAGCAGCGCAAAGUGCUCGUGCCGGGCCUCGAGAGGAGAGACUUCAUGAACUAUGCAAUCAACCCUGAGAGGUUCCGCGAGGAAUUUGAAGGCCCUCCGCUGCCCCCCGAGAGGAGCAGCAAGGACUUCUGCAAGAUCCCCUUAGACGAGUUGGUCGUCCCUUCCCCAGACUUCCCCGUGCCUUCUCUCUAUCUGCUGUCCGACAAGGAGGUCAGGGAGAUCGUGCAGCAGAGCCUGUCGGUGGGCAACUUCGCCGCCCGGCUCCUCGUCAGACUCUUCCCAGAACUCUUUACUCCCGAGAACCUCAGACUGCAAUAUAACCACUCCGGCGCUUGUAACAAGAAGCAGCUCGACCCGACGCGCCUGCGGCUCAUCCGCCACUAUGUGGAGGCUGUGUACCCUGUGGAGAAGAUGGAGGAGGUGUGGCAUUACGAAUGUAUCCCCAGCAUCGACGAGAGGUGCCGGAGACCCAACAGAAAAAAGUGCGACAUCCUAAAAAAAGCCAAGAAAGUCAAGAAGUGACGGGAGCUGGUUCCACCCCGAGAGUCGGGGCGCUGAGUUCUUAGUGAAGGGCACACGGGGAGACUCAGAUGGUUCUUUUUUGGCGGUGGUUAUGGCAUCCCUGAGGGAUGCCCACUCGCAACCAUGGGAAGUGGCUUAACUACAUUUGCACACUUAGAGACCAACUAAAAACACAAGUGACAAAAAGCUUUGAAUUUUUUUCUGGCUCUGGUCCUCAAAACAUAGUUGCGCCCAGUUCCCUUAGUGCUCAGGCAGCCAGACCACUCUGAGCAAUCAUUUUUCCAAGCUAGUAUGGAAAGGUUUUAACUCUUUCCUUUUUACUGUUUAAAUGACAAGUUAUGCAUCUGUAUUGUUUCUCUCCCCCACUUUUUGCAUCUUCCAUUUUUAUCAAUUUUUAAAAAUUAAACAGGAAAACAAACAAAAAAAAU